AUGAGCGAGAGAAUACACGGGGAGGAGCCGCUCAAUCGGGAGCCUGAGAUCAUGAAACUCAGUUCGGCAUUCAUCACUGAAGAUGGGUACGACCGAAAUCACUGUCCGCAGCCAGCAACAGAACAACUCGAUCCUAGGACGCAUCGAGUGCAUAUUGACGGAUGCGUCCGCAAUCCGCUAGCCCUUUCGAUCGCAAAUCUACGCUCCGAUUUCCCGCAGCACGAAAUUGUCUGCGCACUCCAGUGCGCGGGAAACAGGAGACAUGAUAUGAGGACAGUGGUAAAGGAGGUUCAAGGGAUUGACUGGUCUGACGGCGCUGUCAUGAAUUGUCGAUGGCGUGGUCCCCUAUUAAAAGAUAUACUAGAGAAAGCAGACAUUAUAGACUUGGACGCAGGGGACGACGCUCAUGUCGCUUUCGCCUCCUUCCAGGUAGAAUGCCAAGAUGAUUCGUGGUAUGGCGCCUCGAUUCCUUUGAGCCGGGCCUUGGACUUAGAUAAGGAGGUCAUCCUAGCACUCGAGCGGAAUGAGAAGCCACUAAGCGUCCGGCACGGCUACCCCGUACGAAUCAUUGCUCCGGGACUCGCAGGCGCACGAGCCGUAAAGUGGCUAGACAGGAUCACAGUACAGAAAAAGGAAAGCCAGAAUCACUACAUGCAACGUGAUUACAAGGCACUCCCUCCGCAAGCUACGGACAGCGCCUCGGCCGAGAAAUACUGGAGCGUUACGCCGGCUGUGCAAGAAAUGCCGGUGAACUCUGUCAUCUCAAGUCCGCGGACAGGAGAUACGGUAAAGAGGGAUAACUACGGGAAAGUCGAGUGCUACGGUUAUGCUCUACCGAGCGGUGACGGUGGUCCCGUCGUCAAGGUCGAAGUCAGUACUGAUGGAGGUCAUACCUGGACUAAGGCAAGGCUCGAACACCACGAUGAAGAGGGAAAGUGGACGUGGAAAUUCUGGAGGGCCAAGAUUAUCGUUCCACCGGGACAGCCGAGGGUGAUAUUUAGCAGAGCUACAGAUGCGUCUGGCCAGACACAGCCGGAUUUACCACCUUGGAAUUUGAGAGGAGUCUGCUAUAAUGGAUAUGGCGAGGCACGAGACUUAACAAUUCAGUAG